GAGUGGGAGAUAGUGAGUGGAAAGACCAAAUAUUUGAAUGAAUCUAUUUAAUUUUUGUUGCUGAUUACAUAAGAUCUGCCACACACACUCAUAGAGAUUAUCAACAAACAACUUCACAUAAUUGCCUUAUAAAACAAUAAAAAUGCGAAGUAUAUCAUUUGAGUUCAGCUCAGUGUUGGUCGGAAAGUGGAGCAAAGCAAGUGAAGUUAAAUUUACCUUGACUGUGGAAGAUGAAGAAGUUCUCCUUUGCCAUUGAUCGCGGAGGCACGUUCACUGAUGUGCUGUGUCUGGCUCCAGAUGGGCGCGUGAAGACCCUGAAGCUGCUCUCGGAGGACCCCUUGAGGUACUCCGAUGCCCCCCGGGAGGCGAUUCGGCGGAUUCUGCGGGAGGAGAUCGGCGAGGCUGCAAUCACGACGGAUGGACUCGUGGACACGGCGUGCAUCUCGUCCAUUCGCAUGGGCACAACCGUGGCCACGAAUGCGCUGCUGGAGAGAAAGGGCGAUCCCGUGGCGCUCGUGGUCAACAAGGGCUUCCGCGAUCUGCUGUACAUUGGCAAUCAAGCACGACCGAGCAUCUUCGAGCUGGACAUCAAGAAGCCGUCCAAUCUGUACAAAACGGUUAUCGAGGUGGACUGUAAAGUCAUUCCAGACCAGCCGCACAAGUGCCAAUUGAGUCACACUUGGGAGACUAUCGACGGUGUGACGGGGUCCAAGUAUCUGGAGAUGCGCAAAGUUGACUCGCUGGCUGUGAAAGCAUCCCUGAAGAGCGCCUUGGAGUGCGGAAUCACUUCCCUAGCCGUCGUGCUGACGCACAGCUAUGCUUGUCCCAAGCAUGAAUUGCAAAUUGGCGCCAUCGCCCAAGAGUUGGGCUUCAAGCACAUCACGCUAUCUCACCAGGCCAUGGCGAUGUGUCGCAUCGUUCCGCGCGGAUACACAGCGUGCGCCGAGGCGUACUUGACGCCGCACGUGGAGCGAUAUCUGUCCAGCUUCAAGGCGGGCUUCAAGGAUCAGCUGAAGGAUGUCGAUGUGCUCUUCAUGCAGAGUGACGGUGGACUCACGAAGAUGGACAACUUCCGAGCCGCCAGAGCCAUUCUCAGCGGACCGGCUGGCGGAGUUGUCGGCUACGCUGUAACCGGAUGCAGAGAAACCGAAGCCCCACUGAUAGGCUUUGACAUGGGCGGCACUUCAACGGACGUCUCGCGACUGGCUUCCGGAAAGUAUGAACAUGUUGUGGAAUCCACAACAGCUGGAGUUCCUAUCCAAGCGCCACAGCUGGACAUCAACACCGUGGCGGCCGGAGGUGGUUCGAUGCUCUUCUUCCGCUCAGGAUUGUUUGUGGUGGGACCAGAGUCGGCUGGAGCUAAUCCUGGACCAGCGUGCUACAAGAAGAACGGUCCUCUCACCGUCACGGACGCCAAUCUGAUCCUCGGGCGUCUUUUGCCUGAGUAUUUUCCCAAAAUUUUCGGCCCCAACGAGAACGAGAAGCUGGAUUACGAGGCUUCGAGAGAGAGAUUCGAGGAGCUCGCUGUGGAAAUCAACGCGCAUCUGAUUAAGUCUGGCGAAAGGACGACAGAACUGACGCUUCAAGAGGUCGCCAUGGGAUUCAUUAGAGUGGCCAAUGAGACAAUGUGUCGACCGAUCAGGGCACUGACUCAGGCGCGCGGCUAUGACACCUCAUCGCACGUCCUGAGCUGCUUCGGAGGCGCUGGUGGACAGCACGCGUGCAGCAUCGCCCGGGAGCUGGGAAUGACGAAGGUGCUGGUGCACAAGUAUGCAGGCAUUCUGUCUGCAUAUGGAAUGGCUCUGGCGGACGUCGUGCACGAGGCUCAAGAGCCUUGCGGUGUGGAUUUCAGACCUGUCACGAGUGAUAUUCUGGUGGAACGAUUGGACACUCUGUCGGCGCAAUGUGUGCAAAAACUGAAGGAGCAGGGCUUCCAAGAUGACCAAAUUGAACUUGAGCCUUAUCUACACAUGAGAUACGAUGGAACAGAUUGCGCUCUCAUGUGCUCACCCAAGAAGAUUCACAGUGAUGACAAUGCUCUCAGCCAAAAGUACGGAAACUUCUAUGAGGCAUUUCUGGAGCGCUAUCGCAUGGAGUUCGGCUUUGUGAUCACAGAUAGGAAGAUAAUUGUGGAUGAUGUGCGCGUGAGAGGCUUGGGAAAAACAUUUGCACCGCCGGAAAGUGAUAUUGCUUCCGCCAUUGGGACGAUUCCUCAAAUGGAGGAGGUGACGAAGGUGUACUUCGAAGGAGGCGUUCGGGAAACGCCAGUGUAUUUGUGCAUGAAACUCCUGGCGGGUGAUGUCAUUCCCGGGCCUGCCAUCCUCAUUGAUGACUUGUCCACGAUUCUCGUGGAGCCAGACUGUCGUGUCGAGAUCACCGGGAAAGGUGAUUUGAUCAUUCACGUGGGAAGCGGAGAAAUGCGACCGAUUCAUGAGAAAUUGGACGCCGUUCAAUUGAGCAUCUUCAGUCAUCGCUUCAUGUCAAUAGCCGAGCAAAUGGGUCGUGUUCUUCAGCGCACCUCAAUUUCCACGAAUAUUAAAGAGAGACUCGAUUUCUCGUGCGCACUCUUUGGCCCUGACGGUGGCCUCGUGAGCAAUGCGCCGCACAUUCCAGUGCAUCUUGGCGCCAUGCAAGAGACCGUGCAGUUCCAGCUGAAAGUGCGCGGAGAUUCUCUGCGGAAAGGCGACGUUAUCCUCUCAAAUCACCCCCAAGCUGGUGGAUCGCACUUGCCGGACUUCACGGUGAUCACUCCGGUGUUCAGGAACGAUGUGGCGCGUCCGGUGUUCUUUGUGGCAUCGAGAGGACAUCAUGCUGAUAUUGGUGGCAUCACGCCGGGAUCAAUGCCGCCCCAUUCAAAGAGCCUCGCCGAGGAGGGAGCCGCCUUCAAGUCCUUCCUCAUCGUGGAGAACGGAGUGUUCCAGGAGGAGAAGACCGUGAAACGCCUCACAACGCCCACAGACGCGCCAGGCGCUUGUGGCACACGCAACCUGAGUGAUAAUCUGUCCGACUUGAAGGCACAGAUUGCGGCCAAUCACAAAGGCAUUCAACUUGUGGGUGAAUUAAUUGAUGUGUAUGGCUUGAGUGUGGUUCAGGCGUACAUGAACUUCAUCCAGGCCAAUGCAGAACUGGCCGUGAGCGAUAUGCUGAAGGAGAUUGCCAAGAAGGUGCAACAGGAAGGGGCUUUGGAAGCGGAGGAGCGCAUGGACGAUGGAAGCCCGAUCAAAUUGAAAAUCACCAUAGAUGAGAAGGAGGGCAAUGCUGUGUGUGACUUCACAGGAUCUGGCCCAGAAGUCUUUGGGAAUUGCAAUGCUCCGCGCGCCAUUACACUCUCCGCCUUGAUUUAUUGCCUUCGCUGCAUGGUAGGACACGAUGUGCCGCUGAAUCAGGGCUGUCUGGCGCCCAUCCGAGUCGUCAUACCGAAAAACUCCAUUCUGGAUCCUUCCGAGGGAGCAGCAGUUGUUGGUGGAAAUGUGCUGACGUCCCAGAGGAUUGUGGACACUGUGUUGCGAGCCUUUCGUGUCUGCGCCGCUUCGCAAGGCUGCAUGAACAACAUCACGAUGGGUGAUGAGACUUUUGGGUACUACGAAACCGUGGCUGGUGGCAGUGGAGCUGGACCGACAUGGCACGGAACGGGCGGAGUUCACACGCAUAUGACAAACACACGAAUCACCGAUCCGGAAAUUAUGGAGCUGCGUUAUCCCAUAAUUCUUCAAAAGUUCUGUCUUCGCGACGAUCAAUCAGGCGGCAGAGGUAAAUACAAUGGAGGCGAGGGAGUUCAUCGCGAGCUUCUCUUCCGCAAGCCAAUGAUGCUGUCUGUCCUGACGGAGCGUCGAGUGCUGGAGCCUUACGGAUUGGCGGGAGGAGAGAAUGGAAAGCGUGGAUUGAAUUUACUCAUUAAAUCGACUGGCAGAGUUAUAAAUUUGGGCGGCAAGACUGCCGUCCAAGUCGAGGCGGGUGAUAUCUUCUCAAUGAAGACGCCUGGCGGCGGCGGAUAUGGUCGUCCAGGCGAUGAAGAUAUCCCCAAUAUUGUCCAAGACAAUAAGGAGACCAAAUUUAUCGAACGAGGCAGUGUUCAUGAGUACCGAAAAGCACAAGAAUCUGUUUAGGUGCAUUUUUUACAUUUUAUAAAGCAUUUUCGUUAUUGUUUAUUGUUAAGGGUGACUUUGGCAUUUUAUUCUUUUUGUUUGGCUUUUUGUUAUCGUUGCAAUAUUUUGGGGAAACAUUAUAUUCUUUGUGAUUUUGGACAAUAACUAUUUCAAUAAAGUGAUUAUACAUUGUGCGCUGCUCUUUUUAUUUCUAGCCUUUGUUUUACGCUUAGACGAAUUUAAUUAUUAUGAGGUUUAUACGCUGUUUAAGAGUUUUAGUUUAGUUAAAUUGAACUGUAAUAAAUUUAUCUCAUAAAUUGUCGAAAUCUUGCUAUUGAGAUUUCGUUGCUUUCAAUUAAAGAAAUGCUGUACAGCUUAUGCUUCAUUCUCCUUCGAAAACCGCCCUCUAGUGUCGAAAAGCAUGUGAUGAAAUUUAUAUAAUGAUAAAUUCCAACAU